AGUGGCUUCGGAGGAGCUGGCAGUGGCUUUGGCUUCGGAGGAGCUGGCAGUGGCUUCGGAGGAGCUGGCAGUGGUUUUGGAGGAGCUGGUACUGGUUCCGGAAGAGGAGCUGGCACUGGUUUUGGAGGAUCCGGUAGCGGAUUCGGUGGUUCAUCCCGUGGCUCAUCAGGAGGAUCUAGAGGUUCAUCUGGAGUAGGUUUUGGAGGCUCUUCCGCAGGAGGAUUCGGAGGCAGCGCCGCUGGAGGCGCUGGAGCUGGAAGGUACAGCGGCUCCUCAGGGCCUGUGGUUCCCAUCCUCAGGGACGACCGUCAGGGACCGAUGAGUGGAAACUACAACUUCAACUUCGAAACUGGCGACGGCAUCAGCCGACAGGAACAGGGGCGCCCUCAGGGACCAACUGGCGCCGUGGCCUCUCAAGGAGCAUGGUCGUUUACCUUCCCUGACGGCACUCCAGCUAACUUCAAUUUCGUUGCUGACGAGAACGGUUACCGUGUGGAGUCUGACCUGCUGCCCACCCCCCCUCCCCUCCCCCCGCACGCCAUCGCCCAGAUCGAGAAGGCUCGUCAGGAGGACGCCGCCGCUGCUGCUUUCCGGUGGGCGAGGCGGUUACAGUGGCCAGUCAGGUUCCGGUUCUGGACAGUUCUCAGGAUCUGGCCAAUCAGGAUUUGGCUCCGGUCA